CAUAAGCUAAACAAGAUAAGAAGCAAACACACAAAAAGGCUGCUCCACACUGGGGAGGAAAACUGUGAGUAAAGCCACAAGCCAAAGCAAAUUAAGCUCUUUCUCUUUCUUUCUUUUUUUUUUUUGUUUAAUUUCUUGAAGAAUUAUGGAGGAGGUUUGGCAGUGGUUGAAGCUGGUUGGCAUAUGUCUGAUGUUGUUAAUGAUGGUGUUAAAAAUGGUAGUGUUGCUUUGGUGGAGGCCUAGGAAGAUUGAAGAGCAUUUCUCAAGGCAAGGGAUCAGAGGACCCCCUUACCAUUUCUUCAUUGGAAAUGUUAAGGAGCUUGUGGGCAUGAUGUUAAAGGCUUCUUCUCAACCCAUGCCUUUCUCUCACAAUAUUCUCCCCAGAGUUCUCUCUUUCUACCAUCAUUGGAAGAAAAUCUAUGGUGCAACAUUUAUAGUUUGGUUUGGUCCAACGGUUCGGCUGACGGUGUCGGACCCAGAUAUCAUACGGGAAAUCUUCACAUCCAAGUCAGAACUGUACGAAAAAAAUGAAGCCCACCCUCUGAUUAAACAGCUUGAAGGUGAUGGACUCCUUAGUCUCAAAGGUGAAAAAUGGGCUCAUCAUAGAAAAAUCAUUUCUCCCACUUUCCAUAUGGAGAAUCUCAAAUUGCUGGUGCCGGUGGUGGCACAAAGUGUGAUUGAAAUGGUGGAGAAAUGGUCAGCAUUAAUAAAGAGAAGCAAAUCCGGCGAGAUUGAAAUCGAAGUAUGCGAGUGGUUUCAGAGCCUAACCGAAGAUGUCAUCACGCGUACGGCAUUUGGGAGCAGCUAUGAAGAUGGAAAGGCCAUUUUCGGUCUUCAAGCCCAACAAAUGGUGCUUGUUGCCGAGGCUUUUCAAAAAGUUUUCAUCCCUGGCUAUAGAUUUUUACCGACGAAGAGGAACAUAAGUUGUUGGAAAUUGGACAGAGGGAUCAAGAAGUCGUUGAAGAAGCUAAUCGAACGGCGGAGAAGCAAUUGUGGGAACAAAAUGCAAGGAAACGGAGCCAAAGACUUGCUGGGAUUAUUGAUGGAAGCCUCCAAUGACAUAAGUGUGAAUGACAUAAUCGAAGAGUGCAAGAGCUUCUUCUUUGCCGGUAAACAGACCACUUCCAAUUUGCUCACUUGGACCGCCGUUCUUCUUGCAAUGCACCCACAGUGGCAGGUGCAAGCACGUGAGGAGGUUCUUAGGGUGUGUGGAUUACGUGACAUACCCAACAAAGAUGAUUUCGUAAAGCUUAAGACGCUGAGUAUGAUAUUGAAUGAAUCGCUGCGAUUGUAUCCACCAACCGUAGCUACAAUAAGACGCACCAAAGUUGAUGCAGAGUUAGGAGGUUACAUGAUCCCACAUGGGACCGAGCUUUUGAUACCAAUCUUAGCCGUUCAUCAUGAUAAAGCCAUAUGGGGCAACGAUGCAAAUGAGUUCAACCCUGCGCGGUUUUCCGGGGGCGUGGCACGUGCGGCCAAACAUCCUAUUGGGUUCAUCCCAUUCGGCCUUGGGGUCCGUACCUGCAUUGGCCAAAACCUAGCCAUUUUGCAAGCAAAAUUAGCUCUUUCUAUCAUACUCCAACGCUUCUCUUUUAAGUUGGCCCCAACUUAUCAACAUGCGCCGACGGUUCUGAUGUUACUUUACCCACAAUAUGGAGCCCCAAUCAUCUUCCAACCUUUGUCUCAGAUAUGAAGGAAGGGUCCUGAUUUUAUCCCAUAUCGUGUAAGUACCUAUCUCUUGUGUGAGUGCGGGUAUGCUAUCAUAGAAAAUAUAAAGAGAUAUUUAGCAUGGAAGCUCUGCAUAACCAAGUAGAUAGGUUUCUUCUCCCCUAUAUGUAUGUAAUGUAUAUUUGUAACACAGUUUUGUAAUAUUAUGCAAUUCAUGAAAUUAGUUGUUAAUUC